GAGGAGGGGGGGUAACUCCGUAAACUCAUCAACACUCCCAGAGAGAGAGAGAGAGAGAUGGAGGGAGAGAUCCUAAAGUUAUAGGAAAUCAACCGAGAACUUUCAGCCAAAGCUGGAGGAAGGAUUUUGGGUUAUCCAAGCCUACCAGUUAUUUAUCCUUUUUCCUAUGGAGGGCAAUCUUGCUGAAGAGCUUUACUCAGAAAGUCUGAACCUGUCGAAGACAGACUUAAAUUCUUCUUCAACUGCCGUUAGUAAAGAAGGUGAUUUGCAUGAUUGUCUUGGGGAUGAUUUGCAGGAUGGAGAUGGACCUAUUUGGGACAGUUCUGGAGAUGAGUUGAAUGAUUCAUCUGAAUUGGACAGGGAAUGGCAGAGGAGACGUGACCAACAUCAUACACAUGGAUAUCGGGAAGGUAUCACUGCAGGGAAAGAAGCUUCUGCACAAGGAGGAUUUAACAUUGGUUUUAAGCAAUCGGUCCUUGUUGGGUACAACUGGGGUGUUGUAAGAGGUGUUACUAGUGCAUUGUCUUUCCUCCCAGAUGAGUUGAAAGAAAGGCUAAUUGGAACGCAAGAAAAGAGAAAUGAAUUCCGGGACUUGUAUGAAUCUGUUCAUUCUCUCUCAACGGCGGACGCACUUCGGAUGUUCAAUGAUGAUCUAACGGCCAAAAAAGCUCUGGAACAAAGGGAAACUGCAGAGGUUAGUUCUCAUUUAGCAGGCCCGCAGGAGCAAAGUUUAGGCUCUGGUCGUCUAGAUAAUUACAUGGGAGAGCUCCAAUUACUUCUUCCAGACUCUCCUGCCCUCAGAGUACAUUUUCGUAGAGAUGAGUAGAUGCUGAUGUAACUUUGGUACCAUUAGUUCCUGUUUUUUAGACAAAAAUGAAAAAGAAAAAAACGGUGGUUUUUAAAAUUAUUUGUGGUUUUUUGACACUCAUGCUCAAGUGUCGCUCUUGUAUAUGUCUAGUGUACUUAGGUUAUGCCUAUUUAUUUUACCGAUAAAAGGAAUUAUUUGCGAUGUUUUUUAUAA